UAAAGUAAAGCCAAGCCUAGUUUUGAAGCUAGGCUUAAGGCUUUGUUUCGUUUUGGUUUUKGUUUUUUGUUUUUUAAUGCUUUUGUUUUUUGUUUUUGUUGCAGGCCCAAGACUCGGUCAGUGUACGCACACCUGAAAAAGUGACAAGAAUAUUAAGCGUAAAUUCUGACGAAAUGAGAGUGCUUUAGAGGAAUUCAAUGCGGAUUGUUCAGGUGAUGUCACAAGAAGUUUAGCAACCAUGGAAAUUCAAGACCGGACAAAGUGUUUCUUGUUCGACAAUCUUAGGGUAGAAACUAUCCGUCAACUUCAAGCUUAUAUCAAAGAUGGAAAGGGCACUCUAGCUGAGCUCAAAGAUCGUUAUCGUACAUCUCUCCAUGAACUCACUGAAAAUGAACGAGAAGAAAUCAAUACUGUAGAAAAGUUUGUAGAAGCAUUGAAAGAACAAGGUGCUAUCAGAGCAAACGAUGUGAUGUUAUUAAGACUCUUAGCUGAGGAGAUUGGAUUAGAAGAAUUGAAGCAAAAAGUUGAGGAAUACGAAGCGGAUUGUGCAGGAAUAUUCAGGAGAACACUCAAUGGUACAAUGAUACAUUUGAAGACUCUGGUUUCAUCAAGAGGAGUUCAAAUAACUAUAGCAGGAGCAAUCCUUAUGAGAAUAUAUGGGAACAAUCCUGAAAGACUGCUAAACCUUCAACCAUUUGUGGAGUUUGCGGCCGAAUUAAUUGAUGUUGUUAGAGGCUCGAUUGUUUUCGUCUUGAAAGUCUCAAGCAUUUCAUCAGUAAAACGGCUAUGGCAGAGCUACAAGGAUGGGUCAUUGAAAGAAAAACUGAAAAAAUCCCUCAAUGAGAUGGAAGAAUUGAAGGAACUGAGCAAAGGAGAAGAGAUUGACGUGGAGGUUACAAUAGACGAGGAAGAAUACCAUGAAGCUCUUUAUAAUCUUAUCCUCUUCGAUGUAAAAGGUAAAUCAAUGAAGGAUGAUAAAAGUCAGCGAAGGCACUCAGUAUGCUGUGAACGAGAUGUUCCUGUAAAAG